AUUUCGUACAGCCGUCCAGACCGGUUGUUUUGAAAUCAAAGUUAUGUGCAACCGGAAAGAAACAAUGCGGCUACUGGCCCAUCGGCGCUGGUACGGUGUCGUUACACCUUCGCAGUCGGACAUCCUUCCCCACAGCACCGUUCGCCGGCUGAAGGUGGCGCCGAAACCUCCGCCGGACAAACCACCCGACGACCGUGGUCCGCGCCUGAACGAAAUGAGCAUACAGAUGCUGUCCGACUCGCUUUACAGGCAAAUUUUCCGCCCCACGACGCAGCACGGGCUGCACGCGCCAGCCAGCCCGACGCUGGUGAAAUCAUUGCGCGACGAUCUGCUCCGGCAUGGGAUUAAUGCGUCCAGCCCGGCCCUGCUACCGGAUGUAGAUGUGAAGCUGCCCCCGCUGCGCGGUGCCAACAUUGAGGAGCACUUCCACUCGAUCGCGGAGGAGCAAAGUGAGCCGUACCGGCGGGCGAUAGAGCAACUGCCCGGCGCACCGCCGAACCCGCCCAAAGUGUGGUCACGAACGGCAGGCUGGACGCGGUACGAUCCGGCGACCGGGAGCGCCUCAUCCAUCCCCUUCCCGGACGAUCCGGCCCUCGUGUUCGACGUGGAGGUGUGUGUGCGGGCCGGCCCGCUACCAGUGAUGGCGACUGCCACCGGUACGGCUGGCUGUUGGUACUCGUGGACCAGCCCGCUGCUGUCGUCCGGCGAAGCGGCUCCAACCGACCAAACCGCUGCCGGCUACCGCCUUUCGCAGCUGAUACCGCUCGAGGCUGACACGCCGACGGACGAACGGCUGCACCGGCCGCGGGUCGUCAUCGGGCACAAUGCGUCGUACGAUCGGGCCCGGGUGCGCGAGCAGUACUGGGUGGAGCCGACCGCGCUCCGCUUCCUCGACACCAUGUCGCUGCACGUGUGCGUAAGCGGCAUCACCAGCUACCAGCGGGCGAUGCUGAAGUCGAGCAAGCAGCUGCCGGCGGAAGAUGCCGGCUGGAGCGAGCAAAGCUCGCUGAACAACCUGGCCGACGUGUACGCGCUGUACUGUGGCGGCCAGCCGCUGGUCAAGUCGCAGCGGGACACGUUCGUGGAGGGCACGCUGCAGGACGUCCGGGCGGACUUUGACAGUCUGAUGAGCUACUGUGCGGCGGACGUGCGGGCGACCGGUGCCGUGCUGCAGCGGCUGUGGCCGCUGUUCCGCGAGCGCUUCCCGCAUCCGGCGACGCUGGCCGGCAUGCUGGAGAUGGGCAGCGCCUACCUGCCCGUGAACGGCAACUGGACGCGCUACCUGACCGAGGCCGACCUGGCGUUCGAGGAUUUGGAUCUCGAGGCGAAGCACCAGCUGGCGCAGCGGGCUGACGCUGCCUGCGGGCUGCUGCACGACGCCGCCUACCGGCGGGACCUCUGGCUGUGGGAUCAGGACUGGAGCGUGCAGGAGCUGAAGCUGAAGGCGGCGAAAGUGGAAGGAAGGAGGGGGAAGGAGCCUGGCAGCAAGGCGAAGGAGCCGUGUGCUGGUGCCGAUGAACAGACGCGGCUAGCGAACAAGUUUGCCCAUCUGUACGCGACGGCCAGCCGGCUGCCGGUGCGCCGACCAUUGCUGCCCGGGUAUCCGGCGUGGUAUCGGGCGCUCUGCUCCAAGCCAACCGCCGGCGACUGGUGUCCCGGGCCGUCCGGCAAGCUCGGCACCGGUAUGCAGAUCGCACCGAAGCUGCUUUCGCUCUGCUGGGAGGGCUACCCGCUCCACUACAUCCGCGGGCACGGUUGGGGCUUCCUCGUGCCGUUCAAGUACGCACGCGACGAAGAGUUUGCCGACGGGGCUGCUCUGCCACUGGAGCAGCUGGUCGCUGCCUGUCCGGUCGUCGAGCCGAAACACGCCGCAGCAACGACGGCGGAAAGCACCGAAGCCCUCGCCCAGCUUGCCAAGCACGUGGAGCAAACGAUCAGCCGAAAGGACUACUACCGCGGGAAAGCUUCCGACGCUUCCCGGACCCCGGCACCCUACACCGGGUCCGGCGUGUGGUGCAACGUGGAGCUGGAGGGCUGUUGCUACUUUCUGAAGCUGCCCCACAAGGACGGCGGUGGCCACCGGGUCGGCAACCCGCUGUCGAAGGACUUUCUCGCCAAGUUUUCCGAGAACGUGCUGGCGGGCGAUGGGCGUGCGGCCGAGCGCGUGGUUGCGAUUGCGCGCAUGCUUUCCUACUGGCGCAACAACCGGGACCGGAUACGGGGCCAGCUGGUCGUCUGGUAUCGGCCGGACGAGCCGGACCCGAUCGGUGCGAUCAUACCGCAGGUGGUCGUGUGCGGCACGCUGACCCGCCGCGCGAUGGAACCGACCUGGAUGACGGCGAGCAAUGCGCAGCGGGAGCGGGUCGGGUCGGAGCUGCGCGCGAUGGUGCAGGCGCCGCCCGGCUACCGGCUCGUCGGUGCGGACGUCGACAGCCAGGAGCUGUGGAUUGCGUCCGUGCUGGGCGAUGCCGGAACCGGGCUGCACGGCGGCACCCCGUUCGGCUGGAUGACGCUCAGCGGCACGAAGGCGACCCGCACCGACAUGCACAGCGUGACGGCCCAGGCAGUCGGCAUCUCGCGCGACCACGCGAAGGUGCUGAACUACGCGCGGAUCUACGGUGCGGGGCAGCAGUUUGCCGAGAGGCUGCUGAAACAGUUCAACCCGACGCUGACCGGCGCGGAGGCACGCUCGAAGGCGACGAAAAUGUUCGCCCUCACCAAGGGCCGCCGGACGUACCGGUUGCGGGAGGAGCUGCGCGACCAGUACCCGACCCAGCCCGCUCGCUCCACCGCGUACGAGGCGCUCGGGCUGGCGCGGGCCUGCAGCCGCCCGGUCGGCGAACUGUUCGAGGGACCGCACUGGUGCGGCGGCACCGAGAGCGCCAUGUUCAACCGGCUGGAGGAGAUUGCGGGCAGUGCCGAACCGGAGACACCGUUCCUCGGUGGUCGGCUUAGCCGGGCGGUCGAGCCGCAGCCCGGCACGGAGGACCGGUUCCUACCGACGCGCAUCAACUGGGUGGUGCAGAGUGGUGCGGUCGACUUCCUGCACCUGAUGUUGGUGUGCAUGCGGUGGCUGAUGGGCGGCAGCGAUGUCGGUGCCAACAGCAGCCGGCGGCUCCGCUUCUGUCUGAGCUUUCACGACGAGGUGCGGUAUCUGGUGCCGGAGCGGUACGCACACCAUGCCGCACUGGCACUGCACCUUACCAAUCUGCUGACCCGCGCGUUCUGCGUGCAUCGUGUCGGAUUUCGCGAUCUGCCCCAGUCGGUCGCCUUCUUCUCCUCGGUCGAGGUCGAUCGGGUACUGCGCAAGGAGGCCCAGCACGACUGCCGGACGCCAUCGAACCCGCACGGGCUGCGCGUCGGCUACUGCAUACCGGACGGCGAAUCGCUCGACAUCUACCAAACGCUCGCUCGGCUCACGGCGACCGAGCGUGACGUCAGCCGGUGGCAAUGGCACCGAGCGAACGCACCGAAACCCAACCGGAAAAGCAAACAGCAAAAGGACGACCUCCAUCAGCCCGGACGGGCUGGGGAGCGAAUACGGUGAUGACUUGCCGGUAUCGGAAUCAGCUGUACCGUGCUGCCAGUGUGGGGCCGUGGGAAGCUGUACCAGCUGCUAAUGGAGACCUACUUUGUUGUGCUGUUUGUUAGUUAUGUACCCAGAAGCUGCGGGGUACGCGGUUCUCAGGAACCACUCCUCUGCCUCGUGAAUAAUUGAAGCAAAACGUA